CUUGUCACGCUCUCGACCGAAGCCGCCCUUUUUUCCUCGACUCGUUCUCCGUCGCCAUGUCCGCCGUGAAAGCUCUCAACCCCAAGGCGGAGGUGGCCCGCGCCCAGGCCGCCCUGGCGGUCAACAUCAGCGCGGCCCGGGGGCUCCAGGACGUCCUCAAGAGCAACCUGGGACCCAAAGGCACCAUGAAAAUGCUGGUUUCUGGAGCAGGAGACAUCAAGCUGACCAAAGAUGGAAACGUCCUCUUACAUGAGAUGCAAAUUCAGCACCCGACGGCAUCGCUCAUCGCCAAGGUGGCCACGGCCCAGGAUGACAUCACGGGGGACGGCACCACCUCCAACGUCCUCAUCAUCGGCGAGCUGCUCAAGCAGGCCGACCGCUACGUGUCGGAGGGUCUCCACCCGAGGAUCGUGGCCGAGGGCUUCGACGCCGCCAAGGAGAAGGCGCUGGCCGCGCUGGAGGAGGUGAAGGUGACGCGGCCCAUGGACAGAGAGACCUUGAUGGACGUGGCCCGGACCUCCCUCAGGACCAAAGUCCACGCCGAGCUGGCCGACCUCCUCACCGAGGCGGUGGUGGACGCCGUGCUGACCAUCGCCAGGCCUAACGAGCCCAUCGACUUGUACAUGGUGGAGAUCAUGGAGAUGAAACACAAGACGGACUGCGACACACAGCUGAUCCGAGGCCUGGUGCUGGACCACGGGGCCAGGCACCCCGACAUGAAGAAGCGCGUGGAGGACGCCUUCGUGCUGACGUGCAACGUGUCGCUGGAGUACGAGAAGACGGAGGUCAACUCGGGCUUCUUCUACAAGAGCGCCGAGGAGCGCGAGAAGUUCGUGGCGGCCGAGAGGAAGUUCAUCAUCGAGCGGGUGCGCAAGAUCGUGGAGCUGAAGAAGCGCGUGUGUCCCGACGGCGACGGGGGCUUCGUCGUCAUCAACCAGAAGGGCAUCGACCCCUACUCGCUGGACGCCCUGGCCAAGGAAGGCAUCGUCGCCCUGCGCCGAGCCAAGAGGAGGAACAUGGAGAGGCUGACGCUGGCGUGCGGCGGCAUCGCCGUCAACUCGCUGGACGACCUGACGCCCGAAUGCUUGGGCCGCGCCGGGCUGGUGUACGAGCACACGCUGGGGGAGGAGAAGUUCACCUUUGUGGAGAAGUGCGGCAACCCCCGCUCGGUCACGCUGCUGCUCAAAGGGCCCAACAAGCACACGCUCACGCAAAUCAAGGACGCCGUCAGGGACGGCCUGCGAGCCGUCAAGAACGCCAUCGAGGACGGUUGCGUGGUGGCCGGCGCGGGCGCCUUGGAGGUGGCGCUGGCGGACGCGCUGCUCAAGCACAAGGCCGGCGUCAAGGGACGAGCCCAGCUGGGCGUGCAGGCCUUCGCCGACGCCCUCCUCAUCAUUCCCAAGGUUCUGGCCCAGAACUCGGGCUACGACCCCCAGGAGACUCUUCUAAAGCUGCAGACGGAGUUUAAAGAGUCCGGAGGUCAGCUGGUGGGCCUGGACCUCAGCACAGGGGAGCCAAUGUUGGCGGGCGAGGCAGGCGUGUGGGACAACUACAGCGUCAAGAAGCAACUUCUUCACUCUUGCACGGUGAUCGCCAGCAACAUCCUGCUGGUGGAUGAGAUCAUGCGCGCCGGAAUGUCUUCCCUCAAAGGUUAAAGUGUCGACGAGCUCAACAAGCACUCGGUCGGCCAAGCUUUUUUGUUGUCUGAACGACGACCUUUGGACGAGUUUAUUUAUCACAUUUUGUUGAAAUGAAAAGAAAAAAAAACGCACCCAUGACCGCUUUGUGUGUCCCCAUUAAACUUGUUGUUGAGCGGGCC